AUGAGGAGAGGGAUAGAUGGAAGGGAUGAAUGCCUUGGGGCUCUGGGAAAGCUCGAGGACAGGACACCCGGUCCAGGUCCAGCUCAUCAGAGCGAUGCCAUUAUCUCCGAGCAACAGAUGCAAAGAGAAAAAUUUGUCGCAGAGCAGGAAAGUGGCUGGCGAGAAAAAGCCGAGCAAGAACGCAGCGAGGAAGAAGAGCGAGGAAAACCAACUAUACGGCGGAGUGCGGAAAUGCGAGUGUGUAUAAAGCGGUGCCUGCCGCGCCGAGCCAAUACCAUCCAUCCAGAUGAAUUGUAUUGCCUCAACCAUGGAUAUGAGAGACACACACAGCGAGGUUCUACGAUCGAGGUAGAACAAAAUCAAUCGAUCGACCAGUUCUCAGUGGCGCGCUGA